GUGCUUCAGUCCCCGGGGAGGCGCAGAGCUUCUUAAGUGAACCGUUACAAUAAAGCUGAAAUCACAACCACAGUCUAAAGUGAGGGACGCGGCUUCAGUGCGUCACGACUUCAAAUCAACGACCUCUUCUGUAAAGGAGAAGAUGGAGCCUCAGGGGCCGACAGACUCUCUCAGCCAGAGCAAGGAACUCACCUUCAGAUGGUUCAUCGAGAGCCAAGUGACGCAAAUGUGCCAAAAUGGCUUCUUCCCCACCUGGUUCCUCGGCUUUGUUUGCAGGAAAGAAGCAGAGGAGAUCCUGAAAGACAAGGAGCUGGGCUGUUUCCUGAUCCGCCUCAGCGACAAAACCAUUGGAUACAUUCUCACCUACAAAGGGGGAGAUCGCUGUCGCCACUUUGUGAUCAGCCAGAAGGCCUGCGGACAGUUUGUCAUCGCCGGGGACCCAGCCAGUCACAACACUCUGGGAGACUUGAUCGACUUCUACAAGCAAAGAGCCAUCGAGCCGUUCGGGGAGUAUCUCACGUCGCCGUACUGCCAGCAGUGCAGCAACGAGGAGAUAUACGACAGGAUUUUCACCGACAAGAGGCCUGCGGUCAGCAGCAGAGGAGUGGUGAGGAAGCAGCACGCGAGGCAGCCGCCCACGCCGCCGCCGAGCCACAGAACAGCCGAGCCGGCGGCCUCGCUGACAGGAAGGAGAUUUGAAAAACAGGAAACGCCACCUUUGCCACUGAGAAAAGCCCUGGAGACUUCGCCAAGUGGUGAGCCGGAUAAGGUGGUGUACGCCCAGCUGAGGAAGAAGAACAAGAAGGCCGACAGGUCCAGCCAGGAUCUGAUUCUCCGGAAGUACAACCCGCUGGUGGACUGCCGGAGCAGGUCGCUUCCUGUCCUGGACACGAACUUUGACGGCAGUGAGACUUACAGGCUCAGUGCUCCGCCCAACUCACAGCCGAGACAUUCACCCAAGACCGUCAGACGGACAGAGAACAGCGUGCCGGCGCCGGGCCAGACGGACCGGCGGAGCAGAGAGGCCUGCAGCUACAGCCUGGACCACCUGGGUCUCAGGGGGAGCUAUGAGCAACUGGGGUGGCCUCCACGGGCCGAGAGGUCGCAGGGAGAACCGGUGUACGCCGAAGCUUUCAGCGGCGCCAGGCGAGGCACAUACGAGACGGUCCCUGAAGAAGAAGCAGUCAGCAACGAUUCCAACACUUAUGAGUCUUUGGAGGACAUCAAACCAAAAAAUAGCAGCGCCCUCUGGAGGUCAAUGAUUCACAAGUGGAAGCGGCUCUUCGCUGAAGCCAAGAAGAAGCAGUGACCACAUCCAUCUCCUGAAGGCCACGUUUCUGACACUACCUCUGUUUCUGUAAAAUGCCACAUGACAGCAAAGUCCAUCUCCAAACAAUAUUUUUCUUUUUUAAAGAAACAAUAAAACUGUUUUUUUGAAGCACAACUACCCCAAAAUGAAUCCCCUUUGUAGCUCAGUGAAGGACUUACAGAUCAGCUUGUAGUUUAAACUACUUUCCCUUGAAGAGAUUUCUCACAUUUAUUCAUCUAUAUAGUGUAUAUUUUUUGGAUGCAGUUCAUGUAAUAAAAAAAAAAAAGAUAAGAAGCACAGAUAAUGGUUUUGUUAGUCAACACAAAAACAUGAAUUAAAUAUAUCUGAGGACACAAACUGACAUCAGAAUAAACCCCGUCAUGCAAAUA